AUGGUGAAUACAGAACAAGAAGAACAGAAGGUCUUCAAUGGUGUACACAAUAUCUAUGGGCAGUUAGAGGAGGUUGAACUCUUUGUAGCUCAAGGGUUGACUUUUUUAUUCCCUUCCCAAAGUGGAUGCACAUUUGACUUUUCUAUUUUGAUACGGAAGAAAGUAAGUUUCCAACUUGAACUUCAUAACAUUAAUUUGACAUCAGUAAAGUGUUUAUCUCCAACUUGA